CCAUGGAAGACUCUUUAGACCAAGCUUUGGAUCGUGCUGAGCAGGUCAUUGAGAGCACCCAACAGAACCCGCCUAAAAGAAAAGACUCUCCAACUGGAGAAGAAUCUCUUCAUCAAAAACUGUAUGACAUCUAUGUUGAAGAGUGUGAAAAAGAGCCUGAGAUUACGGAGGAAUUAAAGACCAAUGUGAACUUGUUAGAGAAGCUUGUUAAAAGAGAAUCCCAGCCUUGUUUAGUGGUCAACCUGUACCCAGGAAAUGAGGGAUAUUCGCUGAUGCUCCAGGGGGAGGAUGGGUCCUAUUCAGAGACCAUUCGACUGCCUUACGAACAAAGAGAGUUGCUGGAAUACUUGGAUGCAGAAGAACUACCUCCUAUCUUGUUGGAUAUCCUGGAAAGAUCUCAAGUUAACCUUUUCCAAGAUGGGUGUGUCAUAGCAGAAGUCCGGGACUACAGGCAGUCUAGCAAUGUGGAAGUACCUGACUACCAAAGUAGGCACAUCCUGUUACGCCCAACGAUGCAGACCCUGGCCUGCGAUGUGCAAGCAAUAGCCAGCGAGCACAGGGAGUGGACUGAGGAAGAUAAGCUCCAGCUGGAAAGCCAGCUUCUCCUCGCUACCUCUGAACCACUGUGCCUUGAGCCUUCUGUAACUGCAGCCUGCACUGCCAGCAGACUUCUUUACAGCCAACAAAAGAUGAACACUCACCCCAUGAAACAGAACAUCAAGAGACAUUCUAUGCCCUCUCUGAAUCGCCAGCAGGAGCUAGCUGAUUAUUCCACUCCUCCUGAGCUGAAAUUACUGACUUCUUGGAAAAAAAGCAAAGAGAAAAAAUCAGUUAAGCAGUAUGACCUCAAAAUAGCUAAAGCAGGAAGUUCUGUUGAUCUGUGGAAGCAGAGACCCUGUGAGUUGGCUGUACCUUCUGAGGUGGUUGUGGAGAAAUAUGCUAAGGGGAAUACAAUGUCUGAGAAGCGUGAAACUACACAACCUACAGUCUCUCAAGCCCCCGAGGCAAGUAACACUUCUUCUGCUCCUACAGUUGGAACUGAUUAUAAAUCCCAGACAACAAAUCUACCCUUCAUGAAAUCACUCAAUGAUCCACUAUUCUCUGGAAAAAAGCCACAUAAAAAAGUCAGAUGGGCCAAACAGUUAGCUGUCUCCCAACCUUCAACUGAUGAACAGUCUGAUAGCUCUGUACCUGAGUCAAAGACUGAUGCUGGGAAGGCUGUCAGUCAAUCCAAGCAACUGGUCCAGAAGAAGUCCAAAUGUCAAGUCAUGUCACCCAGUUCUAGUACCUCAGCCAGUGUUAGCCAGCUUUCACCAGAGACAGUGCCAGAAGAGCCUGAAGUUGUAUUAGUUCAAACUUCUAUACCAGGGAAGGGAGUCCAAGAUCCAUCUCCACCCAUCAACCUUCCCUCAAGCUCAGGAAAAAGUUCCUUAGGGAACAGUUUUACUACUUGGCAGUCAAGCAGGUUCCAUACAUCUCUAUCUUCUGUGCCAAGUCUUUCCCAUCUUUUUCCAGAAAUGAACACAAGUAGCAUGAUUCCUACACUUGUCUCCUCAACUGCCCACUCCUCAGAAGAAACCCUAGAGGAUGAACCAGUUGUCAUCUCACCAGAAAAAAUCCCACCUAAACCCACUGCUGUCUCAGAAAGAACUUCAUCCCUUUCUGCUGUCCACCCACCACAAAGAGCACCAGCCCCCUCUGCUGGCAUUUUAAAAAAGUCCUCAGCCGUGUAUACUGAAACCUCUUCACAAAGAGCUGCAGUACAGUCUACUAUCACCUCACAAGGAACAUUAGCCUCACCUACCAUCAGCUUUUUACAAAAAACGGCAACACAACCUCCUGUAAUCUCACAAAAAACCUCAGCUCUUCCUAUGAUGAGCACUCCACAAAGAAAUGCAGCACAGUCCACUGAUGUCUCCAAAGAGUCCUCAGCUGUGUCUACUGUCAAGUCCCAAAAAACAAAUACACCACAGCCAACUGGUGUCUCCAAAGGGACCUCAUCUGUGUCUAUUGACAAAUCCUCAAAAAGAAACACACCACAGCCCACUGGUGUCUCCAAAGGGACCUCAUCUGUGUCAACUGACAAAUCUUCAAAAAGAAACACACCACAGUCCUCUGGUGUCUCCAAAGGGACCUCAUCUGUGUCAACUGACAAAUCUUCAAAAAGAAACAUACCACAGUCCUCUGGUGUCUCCAAAGGGACCUCAUCUGUGUCUACUGAAAGAUCUUCACAAAGAUCAGUAGCACAGUCCACUGGCAUCUCAAAAGGAACAUCACCACAGUAUACUGUCAAGUCUUCAAAAAAACCCACACAAUCCAGUGUCAUCUCAAAAAAACCUUCAGUCCAUUCUACUGUUCACUCAUCUCAAAGAACCACAGCCCCCACAACUGCCAUUUCAGAAGUAGCCCCAACCUCAUCUAAUGUCAACUUAACACAAAGAAAGCCAGCCUCAUCCACAGUGUCCUCAAAAAGAACCUCAGGCUUGUCCACUGUCACGCCACCCCAAAGAAACAUGGCCACCUCAACUGCUAUUUCAAAAAGAACCACCACCCCAUCCAGUGUCAAUACAUCACGAAGAACCCUGGCUCCAUCUACUGUCACCUCACAGAGAACUCUAGCCCCAUCCACUGUCCUAACCAAUGUCUCACAAAGAACUUUGGCUCCAUCCUCUAAUAUCUCACAGAGAAGCUCACCCUCCUCUACUAGCAUCUCACAGAGAACCUCAGGCCCCCAGAACACAGCCAGUUCUUCUGGCCUCAGCAUAAUCAGCAUGAUGGGACCUGUGUGUGGAGUCCAGGCUUUGCAGAGUGGUCCCAACCCCGGACAGGGCUCUAGCACUGGUGUCACUGCUGCCACAAGAAUCAUACCGGAAAGCCAGCUCUCUGAAGAGCAGUCAUCAGAUGCGCCACCUGGUGAAUUACCCAGCAACCUCAGCAACUACAACCACCGUCUCAGCAACAGUUGUACCAAUUGA